CACUGCAGUUACUCAGAUGUGGUAUUGGGCUUUUCAGAGAAAUAGCUUAUUUACCUUUUGCCUUAGAAAUGACUUGAUCUCUGCAUUUUGAAAACAUGACUUUGUAUUCACAGCUCUCUGUUUUGUUUUGUUUUCUCUAAUAAAUUGUAUUCCUUAGGCAACUUGUUGCAACGCUGGAAUGUCCCCAUAAAACUACAGAUGAGCAGACAAAUGGCUAGCUCUGGUGUGCCUGGGGGCAAAGGAGAUAGUUCUGUUUUGGUCCUUAUUGUGGGCUUAUCGACAGUAGGAGCGGGUGUCUAUGUAUACAAAACAUUGAAAGAAAAGAAAGAGCGAUUCAUUAGCCGUGUCGCAACAAUAACUUCCCGAUCCAGAGAAAGUGAAUCAGCUCCUUCCGAUGCAGACCCUGCCUCUCAAGGCACAGCAGCUCCAGGAGCUCGCCCUGAGGUCCCAUCUCACGUUCCUUUCCUGCUAAUUGGAGGAGGAACUGCUGCUUUUGCUGCUGCCCGAUCCAUUCGGGCUCGUGACCCUGGUGCCCGGGUGCUAAUUGUGUCUGAAGAUCCUGCCCUGCCCUAUAUGCGUCCACCCCUUUCCAAGGAACUGUGGUUUUCAGAUGAUCCGCACGUGACAGAGACCCUGCGAUUCAAACAGUGGAAUGGCAAAGAGAGGAGUAUAUAUUUCCAGCCUCCGUCAUUCUACGUGCCUGCUUGCGAUCUUCCUUUUGUAGAAAAUGGGGGAGUAGCAGUUCUGCCUGGCAAGAAGGUUGUGCAUAUGGAUGUUAGAGGCAAUGUAGUGAAACUCGACGAUGGUACCCAAAUAUCCUAUGACAAAUGUCUAAUUGCCACUGGUGGUUCCCCAAGGAAUCUACCUGCAAUCGAAAGAGCAGGAAAAGAUGUACAACAAAAGCUGACCCUGUUCCGCAAGAUUGAGGACUUCAGGAAUCUGGAGAAGAUAUCAAGAGAGGUCAAGUCCAUCACAAUUAUUGGUGGUGGUUUUCUUGGCAGUGAGCUGGCCUGCGCUCUGGGAAGAAGAGCACGAACCAGAGGCCUGGAGGUGGUUCAGCUGUUUCCAGAGAACGGCAACAUGGGCAAGGUCUUGCCUGAAUACCUGAGCAACUGGACCACAGAGAAAGUCAGAAGAGAGGGUGUUAAUGUCAUGCCUAACGCAGUGGUGAAGUCUGUCUCUGUCAGCGGCAAGCGGCUGGUGAUUAAACUGAAGGAUGGCCGAAAGGUGGAGACUGAUCACAUUGUGGCUGCAGUAGGGCUCGAGCCUAAUGUGGAAUUAGCCAAGUCUGCUGGCCUGGAGGUGGACUCUGACUUCGGUGGGUUCAGGGUGAACGCUGAGCUGCAGGCGCGCUCCAAUAUCUGGGUGGCAGGGGAUGCUGCCUGCUUCUAUGAUAUCAAGCUAGGCAGGAGACGUGUGGAGCACCACGAUCAUGCCGUUGUAAGUGGAAGACUAGCUGGAGAAAACAUGACAGGAGCUGCAAAGCCCUACUGGCAUCAGUCCAUGUUCUGGAGUGAUUUGGGUCCCGACGUGGGGUAUGAAGCCAUUGGCCUUGUCGACAGCAGUCUGCCUACAGUAGGAGUGUUUGCUAAAGCAACAGCAAAAGACACACCAAAAUCUGCAACAGAGCAAUCAGGGACGGGUAUACGAUCAGAAAGUGAAACAGAAGCAGAAGCCUCAGAAGUAGCAGUUUCUUCGAGUUCUUCACCAACACCUCAAGUUCCAAAGCAAGGAGAAGAUUAUGGCAAAGGUGUCAUUUUCUACCUCAGGGAUAAAGUUGUGGUAGGAAUUGUGCUAUGGAACAUCUUCAACAGGAUGCCCAUUGCUCGAAAGAUCAUCAAAGAUGGGGAGGAACAUGCUGAUCUCAAUGAAGUCGCUAAGCUGUUCAACAUCCAUGAAGACUAAACUCCAGACUGGGAUCACUGCACUAGGAGUGAACGGGGCAGCUGGCUGUGAACACCCCUUGCUCCGCAUCCUUGUGAAUAUUUCCACUCACCUAGAAGUCUAACGUUUGCACCAAUAAAAUCAGUUUCUUCUAAG